AUAAGGAAGUCCGUUCAGGGGAAGAAUCAUGUGAAAACAAUCAUCGAAACUCGUGUUUUACUUUGUGUUUUUGACUUCGACAUGGCUCUGUCGGAGGUGCUGGUGUGUUUAAAGCUUCUCCUGUCUCUACACAUCUUGUCUCGUGUCGGGACUCGGGGACAGCAGCAGUGGCCUGUCCCCUACAGGCGCUUUGAUCAUCGUCCCGAUGUGGACUCUUACUGUGAAGCUCUGUACCYGUUCUGUCCCACCGGAGACCGAGAUGGACGCAUUCCCUACAUGAGAGACAGUGAUGUCAUCUCUGUUUACCGGCUGCAGACGCCAGUGUGGGAAUUCAAGUAUGGAGAUUUACUGGGAAAACAUCACAUCAUGCACGACGCCAUUGGCUUCAGCAGYUCAGAGACUGGGGCCAACUACACCAUGGAGUGGUACGAGCUCUUUCAGCUGGGCAACUGCACCUUCCCUCACCUCAGGCCGGACGCAGCUGCUCCGUUCUGGUGCAACCAGGGUGCUGCCUGCUUCUUCGAAGGGAUCGAUGACGUGCACUGGGAGCAGAAUGGCACUCUGGAGAAAAUAGGAGAACUCACAGGGAACCAGUUCAACGACAUGGCCCGAUGGGUGCAGGAGGACAACCGGACUGGGAUCUACUACGAGACAUGGACGGUCCUCUCUGAGCCCGGCCCCAACGCCACCAUGUGGUUCCAGUCGUACGACUGCUCCCAAUUCGUCCUCCGCGCGUACAGGAAGAUGGCCGAGCUGGGAGCCAAACUGCGCAGCCGAUCGCAGACCAACUACACCAAGAUCUACCUGUACAGCGGGGAGCCCACGUACCUCGGCAACGACAGCGCCAUCUUUGGACAGCCGGCGCUGAAGAACCUGGCAGCAGACAUCCGGCAGUUUUACCACUAUUUCAGAUCGCACCAGUCCUUCCUGGAGUUGGUUUUCAGCCUGUUGGAGGCUUUCAAGAAGAUCGUGUCGGACAAGAGCUUCUACCUCUACUACAACUUUGAGUACUGGUACCUGCCUAUGAAACCUCCGUACAUGAGGAUUACAUAUGAAGAGGUGCCUUUGCCUUAAUGGCCUACUUYAGUUAUUACUGCCCGUCAGUGAAAUGCAGACGAUGUUGUUUUUGCCUGUUUGUGUUUCGCUCUGUUAGCAGAAUAACUCAUUAUGCACUGGAUAAUUAGCACUAAAACUGCACAUUAGCUGGGAGUAAUCCCAACUACUCCCAGUGCCAACAAUUUAACAUGCAGUGCCUUUUAUCUGUUUAACGUUGAAAGAAUUGCUCAACUGUUAAUAAUAAUAAUAAUAAUAAUAAUAAUAAUAAUAAUAAUAAUAAAACAUGUUAAGUACAUUCACAAUAUUUUUAUUUCAGUAUAAGAUCAUGUCAGAAACAAUUUUAAUUUAUAACAGGUGAUCAAUAAAGCAAAAUUGACAAACUUUUUUUUGCUAUACAGAGAGAACUAUGUUUCUUCUAAGAAAUUAAAAGAUCUCUUCAUAAAAUGGUUACAGGUUAAUGAGAAAUAUUUUUCACUGAUUUAGCUGAAGUUGACAAAAAAACUGAAGCGAAUUUACUUUGGAGCCACAACCACACAAAUCAAGAAAAUAUGUAGGCGAUAUGUAACGGUAUGAUUGACGUGAACACAGACAGCACAGGUUCAGUCCAGUAACGCCAAGAUGCAUUCACAACUCUUGAAAUUAAUCUGCUUAAAUACAACCCAGAUUAAAUCUGGUUUAAACAUGUCCUUAUAACAAAAAGUUUGCCCACUAUUAACAUCUUAAUGAAAAAUACAUGUUCAUGUUUUCAUUUAAACAUAGUUUAGAAGAUUUUAACAACAUAUGCAAGUUAAAGGGUUUGAACGUGAUCUAAUAAAAAAAAGCUUAAUGUCUC